UGGUCUGACAAAGCAAGGAACGGAAAGGCGCACGUCAAGGAAACACGUGUAAACACAUGACGCUCACCCGGUAACUGGACCCACGAAUUAUCUCCCGGCAAACGACUUGUGGACACGAAAGCGCUCAACGGUAACACACAGAACGGGCAAAUUGUUCAUCCUUUUUGCCCUCUCUGUGAGCACGCUCGUAUAAAUAAGAGUGGUGGAACCGCGCACACGGUUGUGUCAACAGCGGAGGAGUUGGCGUCGUUUUUUACAAGAAAAAGUAACUUGAGGAAAUUGCAAUGACUCCGCUAAUGCCCACCUUCACAAGCAAUCAAGCGCUGUUAUCCAAGUAUCUGAGUUUGCCCCAGCCGAGCAACCAAGUUCAGUGCACAUACAUCUGGAUCGAUGCUACUGGACAAAAUCUGCGCUGCAAAACAAGAACUGUAGAAUUUGAGCCCAAAGAGGCCAAAGAAUUGCCCAUCUGGAACUUCGACGGUUCGAGCACGGGUCAGGCCGAGGGCAAGAACUCGGACGUGCACAUAUACCCGGUGGCGUUGUUCCGAGAUCCAUUCCUGGGUGGUCCCAACAAGCUGGUGCUGUGCGAGACCUACAACUACGAUCACACGCCACACGAGACGAACAAGCGUCACCUAUGCAAGGUAGCGAUGGAUCGAUGCAAGGACCAGAAGCCAUGGUUCGGCAUCGAGCAGGAGUAUACUCUUCUGGACAUCGAUGGGCGACCAUAUCGGUGGCCCAAGCAAGGCUUUCCGGGACCUCAAGGGCCUUACUACUGUAGCGUCGGUGCGGACAGGGCAUAUGGGCGGGACGUAAUGGACGCACACUACAGGGCCUGCCUCUACGCCGGCAUCAAGAUAGCGGGAACUAACGCCGAAGUGAUGCCAUCUCAGUGGGAGUUCCAGGUCGGACCCUGCGAAGGGAUAAGCAUCGGCGACCACCUGUGGGUGGCCCGUUACAUCUUGCAAAGAGUGGCCGAGGACUUCGGCCUGGUGGUCACACUCGACCCGAAGCCAGUGACGGGAGACUGGAACGGUGCAGGCGCGCACACCAAUUUCAGUACGCUCGCUAUGCGCCAGCCCGAUGGCAUACGCUACAUUGAAAAGGCCAUCGAGCAACUCUCGCGUAAUCACCGCGAGCACAUCCAAGCCUACGACCCGCACGGAGGCCGAGACAACGAACGCCGCCUUACGGGGCUGCACGAGACUUCCAGCAUCCACGACUUCACCUCAGGCGUGGCCGACCGCGGAGCCAGUAUCCGCAUACCUCGACAGGUCUCAGAAGACCGCAAGGGUUACCUCGAGGACCGGCGACCUGCGUCCAACUGCGACCCAUACAGCGUGGCACGGGCUAUCGUCAACACCGUGUGCCUCAACAAGACCCCGUGACUAAUCGGAGUGGCACCAUUGACCUGAAGGAUGCUCUUGGGCGGACACAACGAAGUUUCUUCACCAGAAACAACAAAAUUCUAUCUGCGCAUAAAUUAUAUGAUAUGCUUGAUCGCGGCGUAUUGUCAAUAGGAGUGGAGCAAGAAAGCAUGGUGUUACGUGAAAUUCAUGUUUCGAAACAAUGAGCGAGGUUGUCAUGGCUGCCAUGUGAUAAUUAUCUUACGUGGUUUCUACUGCUGGCGACAAUAUUAUGCGGCCGUAACUUAGCAAGGGUCCCUGGUGUAAGCCACGUUCAAUCUGCGCGCUUUAUCACAGAUUUUCGAAAUUGAAUGUAAUGGAAUGAAAAAAAACAAUUUUUUUUCAAAAAAUUUAUGGCAAUAGUCAUUUAAACGACAUCUGUUGCAAAAUUGGUAACAACGAUUUCGUAGCGAUGUUCUCGAAUUAUAUCAAGCAUUUUCACAGGACAAUAACAAGAAGUCAUAAUAAUUCUUUCGCUGCCUAAUAAAAGCGGCUUCGACAACGAACUUUUUUAUACGUUAGCUUUGGUCAUUAUUCAUUCAUUAUACAUUCAACAGAUAUGUGCUAAAUCAUUCGUUAACCAUUCAUCCAUGCAUCUCAACAACUACGUUCUAACGCUAUACAGAAGUUAUAUAAAUUUAAAGCUGAUGCUUUGCAUUAUAUUACGACGCCAAGGUGCACUUGGAUGUCACUACUGCAAACACAAUGGUUCUAUACUACCAUCUUGGUGCGGGACGUCGAAUUAACUCUGGCCUAAAUUCUCUCUUUUACGAUAAUGUCUGUCAUCAAUGAAAGCUUAGUAAUCGUAGCGAAUGCAUCAGUACACUAAGCCUGAUCUUUUUUUUUUU